UAGAGUUGCACUACAGACCGCGCUGGAGUGGUCAGGAUUAUUUUCAUGGAGAUGAACAGGAGACGGACGAUGGUACCUUUGUCUGUUUCCUCCAUUCUGGAUAAGGUUGCAGGUUAUCUGCAGUAGUGCGCUCUUUGCGUCUCCCGCACCUCCUGAGAAUGUACGGCGACAUAGAGGGUACUGUGUGGGACCGGGUCGGACGGCCCCACCGCGACUGCAUGUGUUACCUUGGACCUCCUACCACUCUUUUGCCAAUAAGCGCUGCAGGGGCUCUGGACGCGGAUAUCAGUGGGACACGCAACACCAGCCUCCCUGGUCCAACCUCCUAUUUCAGCAGCGGGAUGCGAAAAUCCCCCGACUUGAGCCCCAGAAGGCUUUCAGACAUCAGUCCUCAGCUCCGACAGCUUAAGUACCUGGUGGUGGACGAGGCCAUCAAGGAGGACCUCAAAUCGUCUCGCUCAGUGGAGGACAUCAACAGUGCGUCCAUAGAGGAAAGGAUACUGAGGAUUACAGGCUACUAUGGAUACCAGCCUUGGAGCACCAGCUACAAAAGAGAAGACCGGACCAGAGAGAAUGUGGUGGGCUCCACAGAUGCUCAGUCAAUCACUGCAGCUGGGACAGAGUCUGGCCCCAGCAGGCGAAGGCUACACUGUUGCAUCAGAGUAACAGCCUUGCAGGUGCGGAAGGCCCUGUGGGGGGUCGCGAUGGUGAUGUGCGUGUGCUCGUCCUGGGCGGGCUCCACCCAGCUGGCCAAGCUGACCUUUAAGCAUUUUGAUGCCCCCUUCACGCUCACGUGGUUCGCCACCACUUGGAACUGCCUCUUCUUUCCGGUCUACUACAUCGGCCAUUUGUGCAAGAGUCCGGAGAGGCAGACGCCCAGGCAGAGAUUAAGGGAGUGCUGCAGGUUUUUUGGGGAUGAGGGACUGACCCCCAAAGUGUUCUUCACCAAGGUAGCUCCAUUUGGCCUGCUGUGGAUCCUCACCAACUACCUGUACCUGCAGGCCCUCAGGAAGAUUAACACCACAGAUGUUUCUGCACUUUUCUGCUGUAACAAGGCCUUUGUCUUUCUGCUAUCUUGGAUUGUACUCAGAGACCGCUUUAUGGGGGUCAGGAUAGUAGCAGCUAUCUUGGCCAUAGCUGGCAUCGUCAUGAUGACCUAUGCUGAUGGGUUUCACAGCCACUCAGUCAUCGGCAUUACUCUGGUCGUGGCGUCUGCUUCAAUGUCAGCACUCUACAAGGUGCUUUUCAAGAUGGUCCUGGGCAGUGCCAAAUUUGGAGAAGCUGCACUCUUCCUGAGCAUUGUAGGAAGUGCCAACGUUGUCUUCAUCAGCUUCGUGCCAGUUAUCCUGUAUUUCACUCAUGUGGAGUACAUAGGCUCACUUGCAGAUAUCCCCUGGGCCUACCUCUGUGGAGUUGCAGCCUUGCUUUUCGCUUUUAACAUCCUAGUGAACUUUGGCAUUGCAAUAACCUACCCAACAUUAAUUUCCAUUGGCAUUGUCCUAAGUGUCCCUGUGAACGCAAUGGUUGACCUCUACACCUGUGACAUCAAAUUCAACACGGUGCGCCUCAUUGCUGUGUUCAUCAUCUGCUUGGGUUUCCUCAUGCUGCUGCUACCAGAGGACUGGGACCAGUGUAUCAUCCGGCUCACUACAAGGCUGCGCAAAAGAGACGACCCGGCUGAGGCUGCCGCUGAAACAAAUGCCAAUGGUGGCCUCAACUGGAGAGGAAGAGGCAGGACAUCCCUGUCAACAUACGCACGUUGACUCCAUCAUAACCAAAGUGGGGACAUUAAGACAUCUGACCUGGCUAGGGGCCUACAUUGAGCUUUGCAAAGCUGGUAUUGGUUGGGACCGAUAUCAGAAUAUUUAUCAAAGGGCGAGAGAUGCAGGAGGCUUAGAUUGUAUAAGAUAUGAUCACAUUCACAUGGCUUUCUUUCUAACUUUAAAAGUUUUAAGAUAUGACUAAAGUUUCACCAUUUCUUACCCUUUAAAUUGUUCUGUUGUUUAUCAUAUCCUGAGAAGACUUACCAGCUUGCCUGAUCAAUUCCAGUAACAAGAGAAAUGAAAGUGGUGCAUUUACUCGCACUGAUCCAAAGAAAAAUGGCUGAGAACAAAGGAAAGCCCAUCAGUUUCCAUCUUACGAUGAAAACAUGCCUUUUCUCUGCUCUACAUAGCUUGACUGGCCGGGGACUUGUGGGCCUGAUGGGCUCUUUUGGUGUAAAAAGGAUCAAAGUAACAAUCAAAGCUAAAAACCCAUAUUUUUGAACCCCCCCUGACAAUGUGUGUUUUCAUAAGGCUACACAUCUACAGUCUUUGCUGGCAUCAUAAGGCCAUUAUGGGAUAAUAAUGGCCUUUUUUAUUGGUAAUUGGAGAUAUUUC